CAGCUUCCUCCCAGUGAGAGGCUACAUUUGAUCACAUGGGGCUGGUAACAUGAGUUGCUCUGCAGCCCAGCAUGCACAGACCAAAGAAGAAAACAUAGCGGAGGCCACAUCUGAGCCAGUGACAUGGGAAAAUGGCAAGAAAUGACAAAAAAGGAGCUGGAAACUCAGUAUUCCCCUAGCAGGUGGUCUCCACGGUUGAAUGAGAAUGCAGUGAUAGAGGCUCAUGAACAGGUCACGAGCGAAGGUACCCACUAUGCCCAGGCUGCCACCCAGACUCUGCUGAAUGUGCCUUAUGGGAUGGGCGAGGGAGAGAAGCUUGAUGUGUAUCUUCCCAAAGUACACUCUGAAAGCUUUCCCCUUGUUCUCUAUAUCCAUGGUGGCUACUGGCAAGCCCUCAGCAAAGAUGUUUCAGGCUUUGCUGCAGUGCCCCUGGUAACUCAUGGCAUUGCCUUGGCUGUAGUUGGCUAUGAUGUGGCUCCGAAAGGCUCACUGGAUAAGAUGGUUAGGCAGGUGAGACAGAGUGUGGCCUUUGCAGUUCAGCAGUACACAGGGAUCAGUGGGGUUUAUCUGCUUGGACACUCAGCUGGAGCCCACCUGGCAGCCAUGGUGCUCUCCACAGAUUGGGCUGAAUUUGGUGUUGUGCCAAACAUCAAAGGAGCCUUUUUGGUGAGUGGCAUCUAUGACCUGGAGCCCAUCACACACACCUAUGUCAAUGAAGAAUUGCACAUGAGUCGAGAGGUGGCACAGGAGAAUAGUCCUCUGCAGUGUGUACCUAAGUUGGGGGACAAGAGAGCUUGCCAGGUACUCAUUGCUGUGGCACAACAUGAUUCACCUGAGUUCCACAGACAGUCCCAGGAGUAUUUUGAGGCUCUACGUGCAGCUGGCUGGAAUUCCUCUCUGCUGGACAUUGGAGUGACAGAUCAUUUUGAUGUAAUUGAGAACCUCUCCCAGGAGGACUAUCUUCUCACACAGGUGAUGUUGAACAUUAUUUCCAGAGGCUAACAGAUGAGAAAGGGAUGAAGAUGAUCACCCAUGAGCAUGCCUUCCACUGGCCAUUCAUAUUCCAGUUGCUUGCCAUACUAUCUUCCAGUUGUGUCCUUUUUAUAUUCAACUGGGAAUGAGCUUCCCUGCCACUCUCCUUUCUCAAGUGUAUUUGUAUUCUGUCCAGAGAUCUAGUUGGGCAAGGCAAUCCUGGUCAAAUGAGACUCUGAAACCGAUUGUUCCUAUUUGUGUUUACAGGUAAUUGUUAAGAGAACACAGCUCCUUUCCUGCAGACUGCCCACCACACAGACGGCUCACAUCUGUUUCUGCGAUAAGCUCCUUCCCUCAGAGCACACUGGGAUCUGAGAACAUUAAAUAAAACUAGGACAUAAAUUGCAA